CGCACACAGAGGCCAUCACCCAUAAGAAAAGGCCGAUAGCAACAAAAAAAAAUCAUCAUAUAAUAAUUACAGUACCAUCGACGACAGCAAGCAAGGAUGGCGAAUUCCAAGCCAACCCCUUCGCUCACCCUCUACCGCGGGUUCCCUUCCCGGGGCCGCUAUACCCCUUCGCCCUUCGUCAACAAACUCGAGGCGCGUCUGCGUAUUGGCGGCCUACCGUACCGCGUCGAGACGGGCUCCAUCUUCAAGGCGCCCCGCGGCAAGCUCCCCUACCUCGAUUUCGACAGGGAGGGCGGCUCGGGCGGCGGCGGCGAGAACGAUAACAACACGACCGGCUCAGGGCCAGAGCAGCUAGCCGACUCGACGCUCAUCGCACGCAGGCUCAUCGAGGAGGGCUACCUGCCGGACCUGAACGCGGCGCUGACGCCGGCCGAGAGGGCCCGUGACUUGGCGCUGCGGGCGCUGCUGGAGGACAAGCUGUACUUUUACCAGGUGCGCGAGCGCUGGAUCGACAACUACUACGCGAUGCGAGACAGCGUGCUAGGUUUCAUGCCCUUCCCGGUGCGGUUCGUCGUCGGCCUGCUCGCGUACCGCAACGUCAAGAACACGUUGCACGGCCAGGGCGUGCUCCGCUUCACUGCCGACGAGGCCCAGGCGCUGCGGCUGGAGGUCUGGGAGAGCGUCAAUGCGAUGCUGCUCGAGUCGCGUAACAAGGCGCGAGAGGCCGGCAGGUACGGCCCCUUCUGGGCGCUGGGCGGCGCUGCCCCUACCGAGGCGGAUGCCGCUGUGUUUGGGUUUGUCGUCGCGUCCCUGAGCUGCAAGCAGGCACCGACCACAAAGGAAAUCAUCCGCAGCUUCCCCGUCGUUAUGGAAUACGCGAGGAGGAUCCACGAUCAAUACUUCAGUGACUAUGAGCAUUGGACGGAGUAGGUGGGGAAUUGCGGAACAGCAGCCUCGGCGUGUAGAGGUGACGGCCCAUGAUCUGUGUGUUCUGUGUGCUAUUACAGUCAGGGCAUUAUUAUAUGGUAUAAGUAUAACAUGAACGAGGUCACUCUCUGUCGACAGCUUUGAUUCCAGCACCGGAUCAACUCCCUUCCGGA